CGAUUGUUGACAGCUACUUUUCCGAAAGAAGAAGCAAAGACAAAGUGUUGUGGAGUGAUAAAAAUUGUGAAUUAAUUCUCAAUAAUCAGUAAAUUUGUCGUUUUUGAAGAAGUUUUGAGCAAAAUAGCGAGAUGAAUAUCACGUCUGCUGCUGGGAUUAUCUCCCUUCUGGAUGAGCCAAUCUUCGAGUUAAAGGUGUUUGCUCUGAAGAAAUUGGACGUGAUUGUUGAUGAGUUCUGGCCGGAGAUUUCGGAGGCAAUUGAGAAGAUUGAAAUUCUCCAUGAGGACAAGGGAUUCAAUCAACAUGAUUUGGCUGCACUCGUUGCAUCGAAAGUUUACUACCAUCUGGGAUCGUUUGAGGAUGCCCUCACCUAUGCUCUGGGAGCUGGUGGGCUGUUUGAUGUUAAUGCUCGCAAUGAGUAUGUGGACACAAUUGUGGCCAAGUGUAUUGAUUUCUACAUUCAGCAGCGUGUGGCAUUGAUUGAGAAUCCCACUGAGGCGAAACCCAUUGAUUCUCGCCUCGAAGCGAUUGUUAAUCGCAUGAUCCAGCGAUGCCUGGAUGAUGGGCAGUAUCGUCAGGCAUUGGGAAUUGCCCUGGAGACACGCAGAAUGGAUAUUUUCAAGUCAUCCAUCAUGCAGUCUGAUGAUAUUCCCGGAAUGCUUUCGUACGCUUUCCAGGUGGCAAUGAGUCUCAUUCAGAAUCGUGCUUUCCGGAACACAGUGCUGCGUGCCCUUGUUGAGCUCUACUGCAACUUGGGCGUUCCGGACUACGUGAGCAUGUGUCAGUGCUUGAUUUUCCUCGAAGAUCCACUCACUGUGGCGGAAAUUCUCGAUAAAUUGACCAAGGAAGGGGGUCAGAAUGUUCUAAUGGCCUACCAGAUUGCCUUUGAUCUGUACGAAUCUGCCACACAGCAAUUCCUUGGAGAAGUCCUGCAGGCUCUCAAGACAACUGCCCCAAUCCCCAGUGCUCUACCGACGAAUUUCAAACCACAAGGGCUCAAUCCACCUGCGGGGACAGCCACGGAGGAGAAGAGCGAAUCGAAAACUGAUGAAGAUGGGGAUGUAGCUGUUGAGAGGACAAUUGAGAGCCUCAAUGACACCGAGAAGGAACACCAGUCAAAUAUUGAAAAGCUCACCAAUAUUCUCUCUGGCGAAAUUUCAAUUGAUCUCCAACUGCAAUUUCUCAUUCGGAGCAAUCAUGCCGAUUUACAAAUCCUCCGGGCAACAAAAGAAGCAGUUCGUGUCUCAAUUUGCCACACUGCUACCGUCAUUGCGAAUGCCUUUAUGCAUAGUGGCACAACAAGCGAUCAAUUCCUCAGAGAUAAUCUAGAGUGGCUGGCUCGUGCAACAAAUUGGGCUAAAUUAACAGCCACUGCCUCACUUGGUGUUAUCCAUCGAGGUCAUGAGCAGGAGUCCUUGGCGCUAAUGCAGAGUUAUUUGCCGAAAGAAGCUGGCCCUAGUUCGGGAUAUUCGGAAGGUGGUGGCUUGUAUGCCUUGGGCCUCAUUCAUGCGAAUCACGGAGAAAAUAUCAUUGAUUAUCUUUUACAACAGCUGAAGGAUGCCAAGAAUGAGAAUGUUCGUCACGGAGGAUGUCUUGGCUUGGGAUUGGCAGCCAUGGGAACGCAUAGGCAUGAUGUGUAUGAACAAUUGAAAUUCAAUUUGUACCAAGAUGACGCCAUUACUGGUGAAGCAGCUGGAAUUGCAAUGGGGAUGGUGAUGCUGGGAUCCAAGAAUGUUGCAGCCAUUGAAGAUAUGGUGGCGUAUGCACAAGAAACGCAACAUGAAAAAAUCCUCAGAGGAUUAGCCGUUGGUGUUGCUUUUACAAUGUAUGCUCGUUUGGAAGAGGCAGAUCCUCUUGUCACGAGCCUCUCAACAGAUAAGGAUCCAGUGCUUCGUCGUUCCGGAAUGUAUACCUUGGCGAUGGCAUAUUGUGGUACAGGAAGCAAUAAAGCGAUAAGGAAGCUACUACAUGUUGCUGUGUCAGACGUCAAUGAUGAUGUACGACGGGCUGCUGUUACAUCCAUUGGAUUCCUCCUAUUCCGUACACCGGAACAGUGUCCUUCAGUUGUGUCUCUUCUUGCGGAAUCGUACAAUCCACAUGUGCGCUAUGGGGCGGCAAUGGCCCUUGGAAUUGCUUGUGCUGGAACAGGGCUGAGGGAGGCAAUUGCUCUGCUGGAGCCCAUGGUUAAAUUUGAUCCUGUCAACUUUGUGCGUCAAGGAGCAUUGAUUGCUUCUGCAAUGAUUUUGAUUCAACACACCGACCAAACAUGCCCCAAAACGACCUUCUUCCGCCAACUGUAUGCGGAAGUAAUAACAAAUAAGCAUGAAGAUGUUAUGGCAAAAUAUGGUGCAAUUCUCGCACAAGGUAUAAUCGAUGCUGGUGGCCGUAAUGUCACCGUGAGUCUUCAAUCUCGUACUGGACAUACGAAUCUUCAAGCUGUUGUGGGGAUGUUGGUAUUCACCAACUAUUGGUACUGGUUCCCAUUGGCGCAUUGCUUGUCUUUGGCAUUCAGUCCAACAUGCUUGAUAGCUCUCAAUUCGGAUUUGAAGAUGCCCAAAUUGGAACUCAAGUCUGCAGCUCGUCCCUCGUUGUAUGCUUAUCCGGCACCACUGGAGGAGAAGAAGACGGAGGAGAGGGAAAAGGUGGCAACCGCUGUGCUGUCAAUUGCAGCACGGCAAAAGCGUCGGGAGACAGCAGAUAAAAAGGAUGAUGAGAAAAUGGAGGUGGAUGAAGAUGUUCUAGCGGCCGGCAAGGACGAUGAGAAAGUGUCAAAAAUGGAAGAAGAUAAACCAUCGAAGGAGGAGAAAGGCAAGGAGGAGAAAAAGGAAAAGGAUAAGAAAUCCUCAACAUCUUCCGGGGCACCUUCUGCCAAGAAGGACGAUUCAGCGGAAACGGAAUCGAAGGAAAAGGAGGGGGCAGCACGUGAAAAGAAAGAAGCUGAACCCAAUUUCGAAAUUCUGCAAAAUCCCGCUAGAAUUCUUCGUCAGCAAUUGAAGGUCAUUAGUGUGGCAGAAGGGCAGAACUAUGUUCCACUAAAAGAUGUGACUAUCGGUGGAAUUAUCAUGAUGCAGCACACUUCAAAGGCGGAACAGAUUCUGGUUGAGCCAGUUGCGGCUUUUGGCCCUAAGAAUGAGGAAGUAAAGGAACCCGAAGCUCCAGAACCAUUUGAGUACACCGAGGAUUAGGGUCCUUUGCUGUUCUUAUCGCUUUUCUCUUUCAUAAUACUUUAUCUGGAAAUUUGCAUGGUUGCAGGCAAUCCUCUCAUUGGAAUUUGUGUGCUGCAACCUAUUCGAUUCAUGAGAGCUUUCAACAUGUCUCACUCCACAAUUUGUGUGAAGCGCUCAUUGACAAAUAUGUUCUGUACUGAUUGAUAUCCUUGAGACUUUAGUAGGUCCAUGAUAAAUUUCUUUCAAUAAAUAAUUACGUCAAGGCGUGAAAAA